CAUCAUAAACCCUGCUCAACUCAUCGACUAUUCAAAAUGUUGUUAUCAAUAAUUUUCAUGUGGAUCGGCAUCUAUACGACUGCUAUCAUCGCCCAAGAAGUCGUUGUUGUUACUACCUUUGUAACCACUAUCGAAGUCACGACUGUGAAAGCAUCCCUUACCGUUCCCAGUCCAGCAUCAUACACCUCACUCACAGACUUCGAGGACACGGUACUAAAAGUCAGCAACGAAUAUCGAGAUGAUCACGAUGCAGAGGCAUUAGUCUGGAAUGAGACGUUGACGGAAUUUGCUCGCAAAUGGGCUGAAGGGUGUAUUUGGAAGCAUUCAGAUGGACCAUAUGGAGAAAACAUCGCAUUCGGAUUCGCGAAUGCCUCUGCUGCUGUCAAGGCUUGGGGCGACGAAGGAGAACUAUACAAUUUCUCUAAGCCGACUGGAUAUACUGAAGAAACAGGACAUUUCACACAGCUGAUCUGGAAGUCUACGAUACAGGUUGGAUGCGCAGCAGUGAACUGUGGAUAUCCAGAUGAUUCCAGUACCUCCAAACGAGAUGUCCUAGCUCCAAGAUCUACGGGCAGUGAGUCUCGGGCUCAGGGCUGGUAUGUGGUUUGUGAAUACACGCCAGUGGGAAAUGUGGUUGGAGAUCAUGACGCCUAUUUCAAGAAGAAUGUACUGCCGAGUAGUUCGUUUAACUCGACAGGAUCGAAUACAUCUACCAGCAGUACCACUGGAUCUGCGUCUGCAUCGAUGACUGAUGCAAGUAAUGGUUGUGCCAGUAUACAACCUAACAUGGGAAGGAUACGAACCAUGUUACUAUCCCUCAUUAUUAUAGGGAUCGGAAUAGGCAUAUACCAAUGA